AGUGUGAAAAUGUGCGGCAAUCCGAACACGCGUCUCCUCUCCCGGUUGGUCAUUGACUUCCUGAUUCUCCUGGGAAUCUAUGGAGCGGCCCUGGUGGUGCUGCCUCUGCACCUGCCCACCGCGCAGCGGGGAUUCCACUGCAGCGACACCAGCCUGAAGUAUCCCUAUCGCCAGCCCUGGCUGACCAAGGUCCACCUUACGAUCGCAGUGGUGGUCCUGCCCGCCGCGUUUGUGCUCGUGGUGGAGAUGCUCACGGCCGCUGUGGUGCCCAGCUCCACGGAGCUGAAGCAGCGCUUCGUCUUCGUCGGGGUCCGCAUCCCCAGAUUCAUCAGCGAGUGCUACAAGGCCAUUGGCGUCUACCUGUUUGGUCUGGGACUGACCUUGGUGGCGAUUCGGCUGACUAAGCACUCGACCGGCCGACUGAGGCCCUACUUCUUCGAUGUCUGCCAGCCCAGGUGGGGCGAGAUGGGCGAAAGCUGCUCCGACCUGACCGCGGAGAACUCCACGUUCUAUCUCGAAGGCUUCAGCUGCACGGAGUUCGCCGCCUCGCAGGAUCUGCUCGCCCUGGUGCGCCACUCCUUCCCCAGCGGGUUCGUGUCCACCACUUGCUACGCCAUGGGCUUUCUGGUUUUCUAUGCCCAGGCCAGACUUUUUGCUCCCUGGCUGCGCUUGGUGCGGGCCUCCCUGCAACUGGCGUUUGGCUCGCUGGCCUUGGUUGUCUGUUGGGAGCGCAUCUCCACCUACCAGAACCACUUAACGGAUGUGGCAGCCGGAGCUGCACUUGGUGCGUGGAUGGCCUUCUUUGCCACGGUGUUUGUGGCCCACCUGUUUGUGGAGACGCGAGUAAAACGCCGUCCGAUGCCAAGAAAUGAACAGAUCUACGGCUAUGCGGGGUACUACACCAGAGCCACUUACGGCUACUGAUCCUCGACGUGUUGGCUUUCCUAGAAUUAGCUAAUAAAAGUAUUGUUUUAUAAGAA